ACGCUUUAGGAAGUGGUUACACUUGGCCAAUUCCUGGAGUGACAGUAGAGUCGAGUCAAGUUUUUGGCGCCGUUGCCGGGGACGGCUAGGUUGUUGAAGAAAAGUGAUUUCUGUUAAUUUAGCUUUUCUUUUUGCUUUGUUUUCUUUGUCCCACUUGUGCCUUCACGGGUUUGUUGCUUGAGUGUGUGCAGGUAGUGCAUGACCCGUAGCCAGUCGGGAGGUUUACUGCCGUUGAAUCCAGAGAUUGACCGCACCUGUCGCCAGCUCAGGAGACAACAGCGAGCUAGACUGGCUACGGAAGAGCGCAUAGACGGCCACCUGAGCAGCGAUUCUGAAGAAGAGCACGGAAUGGACGGAGACUACAAUCAGCACCAGGGGAAUCCCCCGGUGAAUCAGGUCCUGGGGAACAACCCCAUACCCCAGGAUCAUGGAGCUCAUCAUCCACCGCAGCCGGGUCCCACCCUGGAGUACUACUACACUCCGCGGAUUGCUGACAUCCGCCCGGUCAUCCUCUACCCGCCGAUCCCAGCAAACAACUUCGAGAUCAAGCCAUGCUGGAUUCAGCUCAUCACAUCCUCGAUCCAGUUUCAUGGCUUGAAGGAUGAGGAGGCCAGGGUGCAUCUUUCCCGUUUUCUGCAGCUGACAAACGGGUUCAAGCUGAACGGUGUUCCCGAUGAUGCGAUCCGCCUUCAUCUCUUCCCCCAUUCUCUGGCGGGAAAUGCUAAGAGGUGGUUGGAGACCCAGCCCCCAUUGUCCAUCACCUCUUGGGACGAUCUGGCUGACAAGUUCGUGCACAGGUACUAUCCGGCAUCGAAGACUACAGAGAUUCAGCGGGAGAUCACUCAUUUCCGCCAGGAGCCAGAUGAGUCACUCCGUGAUGCUUGGGAGCGGUACAUGGGCUACUUCUGGCAGUGCCCCCACCAUGGCUUUAGUGAUGCUUUCACUGUGGGGAACUUCUACAGCGCUCUCUCCCCAGAUAGCCAGAGGGUGAUUGAGUCUUUAUGCCCAGGAGGGGAUAUUCUUACCAAGACUCCACCCGAGCUGAACCAGAUGAUCAGUACUUUGGCUGCCAGAGAUCAUUCUUGGGGACAGGGUAGCCGAGGCAGACAGUCCCGGGACCGUGGUGUGCACGCCAUGGAGACCAGAUCCGGGCUCGAGCAGCAGGUAGCUGAGCUAGUGCAGACAUUGAAGCAGCCUAACAGUCUGAUUUCGGGCAGAGGUUUGGCUACACCUCCAGUUGCUCAGUGUCAGUGGUGUGAGAGCUCCAAUCACCUAGUGGAGGACUGCCAGGCUAUGAGGGAGUCUACCACACCCCAGGAGCAGUUGGCCUUCAUCGCCAAUGCGAGGCGCCUCGAUCCAUACAGUAGCACAUAUAAUGAGGGGUGGCGCCAGCAUCCCAACUUUGCCUGGAGCAGCAACACCACUAAACCACCUGGUUUCCCAGCACCAGCAGGUGGUUUUCAGCAGAGGCAGCCCUUCCAAGCUCGCCAGGGGCCAGACCCACAGCAGCAGCCCUACCAGCCUAGGCAGGGCCAGCCAUUCCAGCAGCCCCAGCGCCAGUUUGCCGAGCCAGCAGCAGCUCCGGCCCCAGAUGAUAGGAUGACGAAGCUGGAAAACAUUCUAGCUUCAUUCAUGACUAGCACCCAGGUUGCUAUCACAUCACUGGAGGCAGGUCAGCGGAACCAGGGUGCCAUUUUGCAGGAUCUGCAGACCCAGGUGGGUAUCUUGGCCCGCCAGAGCACCACCAGGGCACCGGGGACUCUGCCUGCCACCACUGUUCCUAAUCCUCGAGAUCCUCACCAGCAUCAGCAGCUGGAUGCCAUUUUUACCAGGAGCGGUAAGGUGAUAUCUGCUGAUCCUGCCCCGGCCAGACAGGAGGAACCACUACCUGCUUCAGCACUUCCAGCCGACGAUGCAGAAGUGCGGGUGGAGAAGGAAGCCCCUGCUCCCAAGCCACAACCAGUGGUUAAGGAGCAUGUACCCCAGCUUCCCUUCCCCACUCGCCUACACAAGGACAAGCUGGAGACUGAGUUUGCCAAGUUCAUGGCAAUGUUGAAGCAGCUCAACAUCAGCAUACCGUUCAUGGAGGCACUGUCGAAGAUGCCCAAGUAUGCCAAGUUCAUGAAAGAUAUCUGCACCAACAAGAAGAAACUUGGGGAUCUCUCGACAGUGAUGCUCAGUGAGGAGUGUUCUGCUAUCCUGCAGAACAAGCUGCCCGAGAAGCGCAAGGAUCCAGGGAGUUUUACUAUCCCUCUUACUAUUGGCAGUAUGCAUGUAGGAAAGUCCUUGGCGGACCUAGGCGCUAGCAUUAACGUCAUGCCAUAUAAGUUGUAUAAAAUGCUAGACCUAGGUGAACUUAGCCCUACUAGGAUGAGCAUUCAAUUAGCUGAUCGUUCUAUCGUGCAUCCUAAGGGUAUCAUUGAGGAUCUGCUUGUUAAAGUAGGUACAUUCACAUAUCCUGUUGAUUUUAUUAUUCUUGAUGUGCAUGAGGAUGUGGAUGUGCCUUUGAUUCUAGGUAGGCCAUUUCUUGCCACCGCCAAGGCACUAAUUGAUGUGCAUGAUGAUAAGUUGAUCUUGCGUGCUGGGAAUGAACAGGCUACUUUUUCUGUGACUGAGUUUGAUCACUGUGCUAUGAUUGAUGUCACGCCUGUGCAUGCUAUGUCUGAUCAGGUACACGAGCCUGUCGUGUAUCCUUCUGCACCUCCUAUUUUGCAGGACCCUCCUAUUAUUCCUCCGCCGCCACUCCAUCCAGCCUCACCUCCGAACAAAAAGCUCAAGGAGGAGUGGCGGCCGAAGCAGCAGGUUGCUAAGCCUGCACGGAAGAAGAGUGGAGACCACUAUGAGCUGGUCCCACCUCCUGCACCACGACCACCCUGGCCGUCCGGGUACUCGCUCACCUGCAUCUUGCCAGAUGGGCAGGUCGAGCUGACUGAUGAUGGUGGUCGCAUCCGUCGGGUGCAUGGCCACAACCUGAAGCUGUACCUCAAGAGCGACGUGGAUCCGCUCUUGGAGGCACCUGUUCCUGCACCGCCCUGAGUAUCCACCAUGGGCGUCCAGCUAAUACGACGGUAAAGAAGCGCUUGUGGGGAGGCAACCCCACCACGGUUUGAUUUUCUUUCUUGUGUUUUGAGUCGGAUUGUAACCCGGUUUGGGGUUUGGUUUGUUUUUCUUUUGGUUUGGAUGAUAUUUUAUUGGGCUGACCAUUGAACCUAACAUACUGUGUUUGAGCUCUUCUGUUCCCCUUUGGCUGUGCUUGCCCCGACUGGCCCGUUUCCAGUCCCCUGCAGUCCGUGCCUACCGGUAACAUCGUUCCCCUUAUCCUUCCCUCUUCUCCAUUGAGGGCAAUGUCGAGCUUAAGUGUGGGGGGAUGUUUAUCUUUCGACUGCAUUAGAUCUGUUUGUGUGCUUGGAGCCUAGUCCACUGUCCAAAUUUUUAAAAUUUGAGGGCUCCAAGUACGUGUUUCCUUGCAAUUGCCUGCUCAGUAUGCUUUGAAUUGACAGUCUUUAUAGUGAUAUGCAACCUAGGGAGGUAGUGUAGCACUAUGGAGGAUGUUGAUGCAUUUAAGGAGUCUCAUUUCUUCUUCAUAUUGUGUUGGUUGAUUGAGUGAAUUAGUGAUCUUAGGACCCCUGAAUUGUGUGGUGUUGUGGAUUUCUACCUGUCAUGGACUCUUGUGUCAUGUUUUGAAAAUAACAGGUGCUCGAUAAUGUGCUUCAAAAUAAACGUCUCCCGUGCGA